CAUCAUAACAUCACUCUCUCCCUCUCCUUCUUCUCCAGAAGAAAGAAACUUAAUUAAAACCCUCUAGACUGUUUUUCUUCACAUCUUCUUUCUUUUUCCACCACCACCACCACAAUGCAAGGAGAAACAGCAGCGACGACGGCGGCUAAUCACGGACAUCAUAGAUGUUCUAAAUGUAAUUGGCCGUAUGCAAAUCCACAUCCAAGUGCUAAACAAAGAAGACAUCAUAAGAAAGUUUGUGGCAAAGUUCAAGGUUAUGUUGCUACUUCUACUGAUGAAGAUGAUAAACCAUCGAAUGGUGAUGGUACUAUUGAUAAUAAUGAUGCCGAUGGUACUGCUUCUACUCAUUUAGACGGUUCUGAUGAAAAACAACAACAACCUGAUGAAAGCAAAAACCAAAUCCCAAUCCAAAUCAAGGAUGAAGAGAAAAGCAAUGUUAAAGGUAAAAUGGAGAAAUGGUUAUCAGCUAAAUCCCAAGGAGAUGAAUUCUCUGAUGCGACUACUGAUUUUGCAGCAGACCCUCUUUCAAGGACUAAUAGUAUUAUCCAACAAGCAAAUGAUCCAUCAAAUGACAGCAACAGCGAAUCUCCUGGAGCUUCUGAAAAGGUAGAAGAUCAGAUGGAGAAUGGCAGAAAGGAAGAUCUUGCCUCUAGUUCUGAUAUGCCGUUAUUGGUGGAUUCCAGCGCAAAUAAAUCCGGAAAUCUGUACUCUGAGAAUACACCGAAUGAUGAGAAUAUCACGGAGGUCAAGCAGGUCAGUGAGAUAAAUGAGGAUGACCUAGUGAAAACCUUGUCAUCAUCUAUUGAUUCGUCAGCUGGUAAAAUUUCUGGCGAGGAAUCUGAGAUAGAUUCCAAAUCGGAAAAGAUGAAUGGUCUUACGGGACAGGAAAUUUCACCAGAUAUUGUUGAUGCCUGUAAAGUUGCAGUGACAGAUGAUGAAGCCAAGGAAGCAAUAAUAGAGUCAAAGGUUUCCCAAGCUGAUAAUGGAGUCGAAGGUUUCGAAACAUCGUCAUCAGCUAUUGAUUCUUCAGCUGAUAAAAUUUCUGGCGAGGAUUCUGAGAUAGAUUCCAAAUUGGAUGGUCUUAUGGAACAGGAAAUUUCACCAGAUAUUGUUGAUGCCCUUAAAGUGUUAGUGACAGAUGAUGAAGUCAAGGAAGCAAUGAUGGACUCAAAGGUUUCCCAAGCUGAAAUUUCUCCUAGUCAUACUGAAGUUUUUAUCACCAGAGAAGUGAACGAGGACUUAUCUGUUCAUCCGGAAAAUGCUCGUGUGGAUAUAGAAAAACUAUCUGAGGUAAAUGUGGAGGAUUCUGAUGACCAUGAACUGUUGAAACCAGAAUUAGGUGUAGUCGCUGACUGUAGCCAAGUGAUUGAAAAUGAUAAUGAAGAAGUUCAUUUGAGUUCCAGCAAAUCGGGUCCAAAUGCCGACUCCAUUGUGCCUGAAGAGCAAGUUCAUGGAGACAACCUUCAACAGGAGGAGGCCACUAGCAAAAUGGUGGUACAAGAGGUAAUUGUUGAGGGUCAAGCAGAUAUUCCGGUAGCAAUGGAUUCAGUUGAUAAUGGGGUUGAAUCCCUUCCCGAUAAUACAAACGAUGUUUCAGCUUUAAGCCAAACCGAGAAGGACGAAAUAGAUGCCGUUCUUGGGGUGCAGGAACUUCAUUGUGGUCAGGAAGAUCAAUCAAGCAACAUUGUGCCUGAAGCACAUUCAGUAGCUGCAGCUGGUGCUGAUAGAAUACCUUCUCCCUCUGAUGCCGUAAAUAUUAUUGCUGUUUGUGAAGAUGAAGCUAAAGUUGAUUAUCCUAAUGUAAGUGUAACCAGCCACGGAGUAGCUACAGAGGGAAGUUUCACCAAUUCCACAGAAAAAUCCCCUGUAAUUGCAGUUUGUCCUACUGAACCUGUGGAGAAUUUAAUCCAUGAAGAGAGAAAUUUAAAUGACAGUGGUGGGAGUGAAGUGAUCCACAGUUGUGCUGAAAACUCCGAAGUCAAAGAGUUGCUGGUCGCCUCAGUGAAUGGAAAAGUUGAAGAUACCAUUAUCGAGAAUUCUGCUAGAGAACCAUCCGACGUUCACUCUCAGUCGUUAUUGGUGGAAGAGGGUAAUAGCCUUCUGAAACAGCAACAGUCUGAUAGUUUAGUGGUCCAGCCUCCAGAUUGCUCCACUGAUACAAUUAGUCAAACUGAUAGUGUGGAGGCAAAUUGGGGAUCUGUUUCAGAUGGAACGUCUCUUUCCUUGAAAGAUGCGAGUGAUGUACAAGGAACUAAUACCCCUGUGUCGAUGGAGGCAGCACAAGGAACUGACUCGCAGAAUAGAAGCAUCGACAGAUUUGAGCCACCUUCUGUCACAUCUGUGGCCAAAUCCAGUGAUGAAGGAGACCUAAAAUCUGCUUCUGAAAUCCAGACGCUAACUAAAGGGGAGAAGAAAGAAGAUGGCAGUGCAAAGUUGAGUUCUGAUUCUGGGAAAGCACAUAGUACUUCAUUAAGAAGUCUCCUUGGGUCAAUAAUUGAAAGCAAGAAGGUGAAAACCAAACAAAAUGAGGAUGAUCACUUACCCAAGACUGUGAAUUCUACAACUGCCACAGAACGGGCCAUGAAAACAAACCAGCAGAAGGAAUGGGAUUCCCCAGCAAGGUUUCCAGUGACAAUGCACAGAGAAAAGAGGAAAGCGAAACAAUGGGUACCAUUCAUGUGUUGCUCAUCUGCUGUCAAUUUGAAAACCCAGUGAUAAAUAUGAGCCAUCUUGAAUAUUCAAAGUUCUCUGGUUAGGUUACUGUAGAGAUACUACUAGUUUAUAGAUUCAGGUGUGUGAAGUUUCAUAUUACUACCUUUUUCAUGUAGAAAUUGUGCAGGGCUUGGGAUAGGUUUUCUUUUUCAGUUUUGGACCAUAGUUUUUGUGUGUGGUUGUACAAGUAUUUUGUGAGCUUUUCUAUUUCAUUGGUUAAUUUUGUGUGAUAAUAAGCAAAUUCUGUUGAUAUCUUUUUGUUUUUAAGAGGAAUUUCUACUUCUUCUUCUUGUA